AUGAAAAAUAACAGAUAAAAUUUUAUCGAUUUGAUCAUCCAUCUACUUGAUUUGGAAGAACAAAUAGAGAAAACAAAGAUUCAUAUGACUUCGAAUGAAUAUUUCACUCUUUACAGAGCUUUCUAAAUAAUUGAUGAAUAAAAUACAAAUUAAAUAACAAUAGAUGCAAUUUCAAAAUUAAUCUCUAAAUCUCCUGAUUAAUGUGCGUUGUUAAUUGAUUAUUACUCUGAAUUUAAAGACAAUAAGUUAUCUUUUGCUAACUUUAUGAAUUUGUGUUUGCCAAGGAGUAAACCUUAAUUAAGAGCAUAAUUGACAUAAAAACUCCAAAAAACGAUUGGUUCCCCAGAGGAAUAAGAAUUAAUCAAAGAACAUUUAUCUAUUCUAUUAGCAACUGAAAUUCAUUUUUUAUAGUAGAUUAAACAACACCCAAUAGAAGUAGAAGGGUUAUUGGAUUACCCAUUUAAACAGAAGGAUUUGAAUUAAUUAGUAGGUGAUUUUGGCUAUAAAAUAAAUAUAGAAGCAAUCUGGAGAAGAUUGGAUUUUGAUUAAAAUGGUAUUGUUACUUAUGAGGACAUGAAGAAAUUGUUUAGAGAGCAUGAUCAAAGCAUUGAUGAUUAUGAAUAGGAAAUGGGGAAGGAAUAACUGAGGAAUAAAGAUAUAAAAUUGGGAUGGAUAAACAAUAAAUCAUGCCCAUAUCAUUCAUAUUCGAAAUAAUUCAGAAAGAGAAUUCAAAACUUUUAGGAAUUUGAGAAAUAAAAGACCAUUUUGAGAUAAAAUGAAUGGAAAUAAAUACGGAGUUUUUUAUAUUUGAUCAAAGAACACAGUUAGAUUUAUUAAUAGAUUGAUCAAUUAUUGGAGAAGCUAAAUAAAUUUGAUAGUAUAAAGCUAUUUGAAUUGUUGAGCAUCAAUGGGAGAUUGGAAUUUUAGUAUUUGCAAAAGUAGAUAUAAGAGAUUGUGGGAUAGGAGUUCCAGCUGGAUUAUUCGGAUGUGGAGUAGUUGAUGAUCUUUUUUGGUGGUCAAAGUUAUGAAGAAUUCAAACGCUCAUUAGAAUGCAGUAGGAUUUUGGAGAGAAAGCAACCUAUAAAUAUGAAUGUCCUGAAGAUGCUAUUCAUAAAAUUGAUAUUGUUGUUGCAAUUAAGUAGAUAUUUGAAAUAAUAAUACGCAAAGAAGGCUUUGAUAUAGAACAAGGACUUGUUGAAUGAAUUCGGGGAGUUUUCUUAGUCAAAUGUUUUGUUGAUGGCGAGGAAGGCAGAGGUAGAAUUGAGUUUGGAAGAAGUUAAUGUGUUUUUUAAAGGUUAAGAGGUUUUGGAAGUUAGGAAUGUUAUGAGUUUUUUGAAAUGA